ACAGCUCUUCAUCAUGACGUGUGCAUUUGCAGGUUCUCUUCCUACUUUGGUUUGUCUUUCUUGCGUUUUUGAUAAGUGAUAAAGAUGUUCGGUGCUUGCCUUGCGGGUCCUGUGCGUGCGCUUGGCGAUGAGCUGAUAAUAGGUUCUUUCUCGGGUUGCAGUCCCGCAAAUAUUCUCACCAAGCCACUACGCAGCAGUAUUCCCGAAAAAUUCGGACCAAACGGGCCUUCCGAACUGCAAUUGCUUAAGCUGGUUGCUUUGACUUCUUUGAUGUUCUUGAUAUAAGUCCGAGUUUCCUGAUGAGCAUAAGAGGAUCCACAACAUCAGCUUUUUUAGAUCUAAUUUAUGUAACCAUGUACAUGUAGUUUAAGAAGAAGAAAAUAUUAGGCAUUGCAAAAAAUUCAUCCUCAACAUCACAAAGUUCUUGUAUGAUCUUCACAUGAAGAGCUGCUCAUCUAGCUCAUGUUUCUAAAUAACGUGGUAUCAUUCGUGAGUUGGCGCCUCAGCGUGUGGACGAAUUGAGAGCAAGGAGAAGACGAAACACAAGACACCAGCUGUCCAGAAAGACGGUCUUCGAAGAUGAGUCAUCUCUGUUAAGAAACAAGAAAGUCCUUUCGUUUUUAUAAAAGAGAAGUAGUUUCUUGAAAUAAAAUUUUAAGGGGCCUACGAGAUUGUUAAGACAAGAACCGUGUCCGAGAUAGUAUCGUCAAGAUUUAGCAUCCUCUUCCUCAGCACCAUUUUUGACAUAUAAUAUACAACUUAAUAUUAUGGGAAAAAAGCUGAACAAGCCCCCAAGGAUGUCUAAUAUGACUCCCAUCAAGGAAGUAGAUGGCAAUGUGUAUGUGGUGGUCUCGCUUUCUAAUAUUGGUCUCCUCUACAGGCGUAGCGUCCACGUCUACAAGUGCCGCGUCCUCCGCAGCUGCUCUGGUCAACCUCGCCUCAUGCUCUCCUGGUCCAAGGAGAGGCAACGCAGAAAACCUACCUAGUCAUCUAAUUAUGGGUUCUUAUAUAGUCAUGCUACUUAGAAGAAUUAGAUAGAAGAUGAUAGAUAAUGAUAAGUUGUCUAGUGCAAUAAAGGGUGUUAAUCAUUGAAGGGUGUUGAGUUGCCUUUAUUUCAUCUAAACUUCAUGGAGGUGAGCAAGCCCUUCUUGAUGAAGAAGAGGAAUUUGUGGGCCGAAGUUUGGCUUUUCUACAGCACUACGAAAACAGGAAGGCAUCGUCAUUCUCUCCGAGCACAUCAUCUUCCCCAAGCACCUCAGGACAGGGAUUAGGAUUAAGCGAAACUUUUUGAUCUUGUAUGCCUUUUUUUAGUUAAGACCUUUUUGUAACCGAAGAAUCACUAUAAAUAUAUUUAUUUUUUUGCUAUUCCUUAGCAACCAAGCAUUAUUGAAUGAUAGUGAUAGAAGCAAAAAUGACAAUGGAUUUUCAUCUGCUUGGUUUCACCUUCAUAAGAAAAGCUACAGCAGUGCGCGUCGAGCUUGCGAACAAGGCAUAUGGUAGAGUUCCUGACACUCUUCAAUCAGGCUGUACAUUAAGGGUUGAAACAUUUCAUUUUUGACAAGCCUUCUUCACUUCAGAUAGCGACUAAAAAAUGAAUUGUUUCAACCUUUAAGUACAGGAUGAUUGUCGGGAUCUCCUACGCCCUCCAGACGACCUCCUCCGUUAAGGCUAGUACGUCUGAAGUCAAGGGGUGAAGUCAGGGGAAACCCUGAGAAGGUCCAGGAAGAUGCCAACGUUUCAGCUCUAACUUGAACGAUCUCAGCAAGAUGUCUUCGAUGGUGUAUUGACAAAAGCCGUGAAUAGUCAACUCAUAAAAGACAUUCCACGAGCAGAGUGGAACAUCGAAGGGCAAGGCUUCACGUUCGAGCGUUUCCUUCGAGACAACAUGGCAAGAGGCCAACGACAAGAAAAUGGUCAACAAGGUCCUCAUCUCGAAGGGACUCCUACUCCUGGUAGUCGAGAAGAAGAGAAUCAACGCAAUGCGUUGGAGGAGAAGGAGAAGUUAAGACUUGUUCCCAUAUCCAGUUUCAGGAUAAGCUGCAUCCAUCCCUUGGCUUGUUCCCCAUAUCCAUCUUCAGACGAAUCUGCAGACGAAGCAAGCACGCAUCAAUCCUGCAGACUUUGUCUUUCAUUCUUUCAAAGGGAAAUAGACGGAACAAGGUCUCAAUCUGCAUGGUCUUCAGGGGAAUAAGACUAAAAGGUCUACCAUAAAACAAGGUCUCAAUAUGCAUGGUCUUCAGGGAAAUAAGACUAAAAGGAAAAGGUCUACUCAGAUUUAAUAGGGUAUCCUCCAGGGAAGUGGAUAUUAAGGGUCGUGAGCGCCGCUAAAGAAGGAACAUUUUCAACGAUAUUUUGUGGAGAAGUUGGAACGGUAUCUGUUGAAAUUUUGCGGAGAUCAGAAAAUGGGACCAAAGUGUACGGAACACCUGAUCUUAGGGCUAGCUGCUCAACAACAUUACUUGCUCCUCGCCCAGUCGCAGUCCUUCUGUCCUUGAUGUUGCCGUAAGAACUCAGCUAGUUUGUGUUUGAUAGUCGUGCUGUUGUUGAUGCCAGUACAACUAUGAUUAUCAUUACUACAAUAUCUGCACUUCUCUAUCCUUUACUUACUAUUCUUCCUCUUUCUUUUCCUAGUUAGUUUGGCUCCACCCAUAUUAUCAUGUACUUCAGCUUCUACUUCUACUAGGGCAUCAUCAAGUUCAUCAGGAAGGUGGAUCAUGGCCAUGGUCUCAUCUCGAGGACGACUAUGUAAUGUAGUGGUUGCAAGCUGUAAUGAGAAAUCUAGUAACGACACAAAUGUGUCAGUGUGGACUGGCCAAUUUAGAUACCGCUUCCUAUGCUCGCGACUACCUUGUAAGCGGGAAGGAUCUGGAACAAACGACGGUCUAUAUUAAGGCUACAGGAAAUUCGACGGAUUCCCCUUCUAAAGGUGGAUUUCUCUUAGUUCAUCUAAUUAUAGUCUCACUCGAGUCCCAUCUUACUUUAUAAAGGGAAAUAUUUAGUAUAUACAGGACACGACCUGCUACGAUGCUGCUGCUAAAGGUGGAAUGUGCAUCUUUUUAGUCCCGUCUUUAAAGGGAAAUAGUAUAUACAGGAGGCCUGCUAGUACGAUGCUGCUGCUUCUAAAGGUGGAUUUCUCUCAGUUCAUCUAAUUAUAGUCUCACUCGAACCGUGAAUGGCCUCGUGUUGCAUCUGAUGUGCAUGAAGAGGAAUUUCCUAGAGUACUACUACGUUGGACCGGUCAGAGGAGUUACGAAUGAGGUCGGAGAACAUCAAGGAGGUGCAGAAGGAGAGUUGCUAUCUGCAGAUACAAGUGCUAGGACAGCAGAGUUUUCGCCAUUUUUAGACCGUCCAGAGAAUGACAGUUCUUGGGUACCAGCUGGGCAAUUAGUAUUAAGGGUUUCCGAAUUACAUCCCUCACUACCAUCCUUGGCUCCUUUUCAAGGGGGAAAUGUGUCAAGGAUGUUCGGAAGAAUGCAACUCGGCAACCUCUAACUACAGCAGGAGCACCAGAUGACGAUAUUAAGGGAGGUUCGCGUAGAAGUCCAGUACAACCAGAUCCAUCAAGUUCGGCAGAGCUGCACCACGACCACACGGACCACCUCGGAGGUCCUCUUGAUGGAGCCGGUGUAACUACUUUAGUAACCCAGCAUCAGCAAGAUCAACAUUUCCUUGAGGAAAAUGCAGUGGCGGAGGAAAUUGACGAAGAGAUCGGAGGUCGUCGUCGGGAUUGUUCACCGUCUCUUGUCAACAGGGGGUCGUCUUUUUCUCCAGACCCAGACGAAGGAUCCCUACCAAGACCACUCUUGGUUAACAAGUCGUCGGCACAGACGAGGGAACAAGCUUUGACGUUUUCGACGCAGAGAGACGCAUCGUUUACCUCCUCUACCAGAACAGGUGGCUCAUCUACUUCGAAGGAAUCUCGCUCUGCAAACGUUCUUCCGCAUAGUAGUAGUACUAGGGAACAAGACGAAGUGGAAACCUUGCCUCACUUGCCUCACUUCUUAUGGCCUAUAAGUAAAUACCCUUCUAAAAAUCCAUCUUCGGAAGCAUGAUCCUAAAGGUGCAAGCGUACCCUAAUGAUAAAAAUAGUCCAUCUUCAAACAAUGCAUGAUCCUAGGAUAGUAGAGGCCCUUCAAGGGAAAAAGUGAAGCAGGAUGCUCUGCGUUGAGAUGGGUUAGGGUUAGGCGGAUUGAGGUCCGUUAGAUGAGCAUCAUGCUUCUCGAGUCGAAAACUCAAAAUAACCGAGUUACUGACUGAAAUAAGGGAGGUAGCUUAGCACCAAGGCUACUCUUCCUUCUCGUCAGUAUCUCGGUUAUUCUGAUCAGUUACUUGCUUAUUUCAGUUUUUCGAGUAGAUAGAUCAUUAGCGUCGGCUCUAACUCACUUGCGUGAGCGUGAAGUGGACCAGGAGAACUCUGGAUUCAACUCUGGAUUCCAUCAACCGCCACGGGAAUGCGGAGCACAGAGCUAUCUCUAUCAACAUGGCACCUUGCAGUUCGUGGCCACGGUUGGACGAAAUGGCGACAAGGUUGAUUCGAAUUCGGUCACGGUUACCGUACUAGACGCGGUAGACGAGGUGAAAAUCGUCUAAGGGGAAGUCGUAGGCCCAGCCCGAAUCGACUAGUAGAGGUGAUAGGGGUUUAAGGGGAAGCCGUAGGCCCAGCCCGAAUCGACUAGUAAAGGUGAUAGGGGUUUAAGGGGAAGCCGUAGGCCCAGCCCGAAUCGACUACUUACCGUCAUCAUCCACAAAUUUUUUCUACACUAGUAUCGCUCGACUGUGUACAACUUAGCUCUUGACUACUUACGUUAAAAAUCACUGUCAAAUAGAACACUGACGCACAUUCAUUAGUUGUAAUUACAGUCCAGAUUCAAGGGACAUAAUGUAAGGGGCAACAGCAGUGGUAGCACCACGACAUAAUGUAUGAAAUUAUGUUGCUUCGUGUAUGAAAAUACUUGAUACUGGGACGAAAAAAACGGACGGGACGAACGCGAUCUUCAACACAAACAUGCUGGCAUGACGUCGUUCACCGAAGCACG